AUGGCGACUCAACGGAAGGCCAAGGCCAGUCUACUAGAUUUGAUCUUCUUGGUCGAUAUGAUCUCAUUCUCUAGUCUUGUCGGAGCUAGACCUCUGCCAUGGACCAGUACCGGGGCGAGCGGGUCAGACACCGCAGCCAGCUCUGGUACUCCCACAUCUUGGGGUGGCAGUGGAGGCUCUAGCUUUGCCUCCGCGAGUCCAGGAAUCAAGGUCAGCGGAUCUUGGGCCCCUGGUAAUGCUGGCGAGGUCAGCGACACAGGUACCAAGGCUAACAGCAGCGGUUUCUCCUCCAGCAGCUCCGGGAGCAGCGCCAUGGCAGGCUUUGGUGUAGGUUCUGAAGAUGCUGCAUCUAAAGGGAGCGCUCGUUCUAACAACGGCACCACUGGCGCUGGAACUGGCGACGCAGGCUAUGGAAGUGACGUCCUUCGACGCUUCCCAGCGGUGGUGGAACAUCUACCCCGACCGGACCAGCAGAAUGCGGAACGGCCCAAAGGGCCAACAACAAUGUAUCUGCACAUACCAAGAGACCGACUGAAACCGACGCGGUCAGUGGGGGGUGGAAACACCAGCAAUGGAGUCAACGGUGGAGCGACCAACACCGGCAGCGGCACAAAUGUCAAUGUCAUCACGAGCCCAGCCAACGGGGGUGAAAAGAGAAAAGGACAGAGGGACCAUCAAUACGCUUCUCGACAAGCUGGAUUGAUUAUAAAGGCUUUGCGCUGA